AUGGAGGAAAACCUUUCUCUCCACGAAAGGUCAUGGUGGGGUUUCCGAUCGAUUAAUUUUCUGUCGGAUGAUUAUCUAUAUGAGGAUUUGAUCUCUCAAAUCUUCUUAAGACUACCCGUUAAAUCCCUCCUUCGAUUUAGAUCAAUCUCCAAAUCGAUAUAUCAUAUGAUCGAGAACCCUAAUUUCAUCCGAAUGCAUACUUUCCAAUCUCGGAAAAGAGUAAUAUUUAGACAUAGGCAUUUAGAUGAAUUGGUAGAAAAAGACUUUGAAGACUUUUUUACAUCACAUUCGGAAGACGAAUUGCCAUUGGAUGGUUCCUUAAGCAAAUACACUGGGAUACCAGUACUGAAGUUUCCUGUUAGUGGUUUUGAUAUUGAUAUUGUUGGUUCGUGUAAUGGAAUUCUAUGUUUGUUUGGCAGUAGAACGGGUAUUAGUCUAUGGAACCCUUCAAUUAAACGCAAACUGACGUUGCCUUACUACCCUUCUUGGUUAGACACUAACAAAAGCUGUAAAACUGCGGUUGGUUUUGGUUAUGAACAAAUCACUCAUGAUUACAAGGUUCUGACUAUAACAUCCCCUGUAUCUCGACAAGAUACACAAAGUCGUCAUUCAAUUUUAGUUUACUCUACGAAUUUAGGUUCUUGGAAUGAGAUUGCUCCUCCUAGAACUUGUUUUACACAUGUGAUUUCACGAGCGUGUUUCAUCCAUGGAGCGUUGCAUUGGGUGGUAAAACAUUAUCAAGACCAAUCAGAUAAAACGGGCCAUCUUUUUAUAUUGACAUUCGAUUUGAGUACUCGUGUUUUUGGAAAGAUUUUGUUGCCUGAGCCGAAUUAUGAGACAAGGCAUCUAGCAAUCAUCAAUGGUUCUCUGGCUGUGAUUUCUACGCAAAAUGAGUUAAAUCUGAUUCGGGUUAAUGAAAGAGUACAAUAAACCUACUUCUUGGUUUGUGGAUUUUAAGUUGGAAACCGACAGGGAUUCUGAAGUUGGGAAAGUUUUGCAACUGACAAAUGGUGAUAUCUUGUUCAACACGUUUCAUCAUUCUUCUAAUUGCGAGUUCUAUAUGUGGCAUCAUGUUUAUAAUCCUCGGACACAAGUGCAAUCUAAAAUUGUGUUCUAUGGUUCUUGUCAUAUAGAAGACAUGGAAAUGUGUCCCGAAAGCCUUGAAUUGUUCGACAUGGGGAAUUUUUGGGAUGGAAAACAACCGUUUUGCCUUGGAGGUGAAGCAACACUUGGUGCUGUAGAAAGAUUGGACUGGAUAGAUAGUAGGUUGCUGAUGCCUGGUCAAAUGCAGAGAAUUUCGAGUUGAGUGAUAUAUAUUUUAAUUAGUAUGCUGCAAUUAUUUGAGUGUUAGAUAUAUGUUGAUUAUAUAAUAUAAUGAUUCAUAA